UCUUGGAUUUCAUGAUAACAGUGGGCUGGUUUUGAGCUGUAAGUGCGAGCGGGAUAGAAAGAGGUGUACGCAAAGCUGCGCGCGCGCAAUAGCCUGUGGCGCCGCGCUGCGUCAGUUGACGGCAAACUCUCGAGCGCACUUGUUGUGUUAAUUUUUUUGGAGUUAUUGUUUUCCUAUUAGAAAAUUGUGGUGUUUAUCUGUGAGUUUGAAUAUUAGUGCGCAAAUGAAAAGUGACAUACUGUACUAGUAGUGUAAGUGUUAUCACUGUGUUUUUGUGAAUAGUGUUCUGGUGAAAAAUGUGCGAAGUUUUUUUCGUCACUGAUGGAUGAAGUGCAUUGUUUAAAGCCUGUCGGAUGUAUCCAAGUGUUUUGUGCCGUUUUUGUUUGCUGUGACCAAUAUCAUUGGAUUUAUUCAAGUGAUGGUGUGAGUUCGCAUGGGUCUGGCCGCAGCGCUGCUGGACGCGGCGGCGUGCGGAGACGCGGCCCGGCUUGCCAGCUUGCUGCUCGCGGACGCGCGACAACUCAACGUCGCUGACGAGAAUGGAUGCAGUGCGCUCCAGCGGGCGUCUGCCGAUGGCCACGUGGAAGUGGUACACCUCCUGCUGCAGCACGGCGCCGAUCCCAAUAAGCAGGACCUGGUUCACGGCAACACUGCGGCACACGAAGCCGCGUGGAAGGGCUACUCGAGAUGCGUGGCGCUACUGGCCGGUGGGGGCGCGGACCUACGCGCGCGUAACGCGGGAGGCUUCACUGCCCUACACCUCGCUUGCCAAAAUGGGCAUAACCAGUCCUGCCGAGAAAUUCUCCUCGCGGGGGCGCCGCCCGAUGAUCAGAAUAAUUAUGGCGACACUGCACUCCAUACGGCCGCUCGGUACGGCCACGCCGGAGUUACACGCAUCCUCAUCUCCGCACAAUGUAGAGUAUCAGAGCAAAACAAGAACGGGGACACAGCACUUCACAUUGCAGCAGCCAUGGGCAGGAGAAAACUAACCAGAAUUCUUUUAGAAGCCGGCUGCGAUAAAUCCCUUAGAAAUCAUCAAGGAGAAACAGCAAGAGAUAUCGCGACCAGAAAAGAUCUUCAGGAAAUCAUCAGUAUACUUAAUACGCCUGUAGCAAAGCAGACGAAAAAGAAAGAAAAACAAAGGGAUAAAAGCAAAGAGAGAACUAUAGACGAACCUGAUGAUGGAAAGAAGAAAAAUAAGGACAAGAAAAAGAAGAAUGUACACUUCGAAACUCCACCUACAAUCCAAUGGUCACCAUACGGAUGUCAUUACUAUCCCGAUCCCAAAUUCUUCCCCAAACCAAAACUAAGCUCUCUACCCACCGAACCACUGAAAAAAGGUGAGCAAUAUUAUUUGGAUUUGGCUGGAAAUAUUAAAAAAGGGCCCAUUGGUGCUGGGUAUACCUGCUAUUGUGCACCAUUCUUUAAGCAUAUGGAGGAUAAGUUGAACGAAGACAAGAAAGAUUUGAAACGUCACAUAGAUCGAGCUCACGAGAGAUUAGACCAGAAAGUAACAGAUUUGGAAAUGAAGACUCAAGGACAAAUAUCAGAGCUGACGAGGUUUGUUGCAGCAGAACGGGCAUUAUGUAAAGAGAGGCACAAACAUUUGGAACAUUGGAUAACUCGUGGCAUGAUGUUCAGGGCAUCGGAAAGAAUAAGAAAAUUGGAUUACAGUCCGAAGGGUUCCUUGGAUAUAGCACCACUAAAACGGACCAGAAGUUUGGAGCUUCUAGAUACGCAUGCAGAAGAAUGGAGUAAAGUUCACAAAAUAAUAAAGAGCUUCAAUCAGAAUACAGAACAGUACGAGAGUAAUGCCAAAGAAUUGAAUGAAAAAAGCAAAAUAACGUCCAAAAGCACCGAGGUCUUAGAUAGUAGAAAAUCGCCAGAAAGUCCGAGACGUAGACUAUUGCUUAAAAACUCUAGAAGUAGUGACCAUUUAGAUGCUGGGCCUAGUAGAAGUUCUCGGUCUCCGCAUACUCCAAUAUCACAUACGAGUCCCACUCGAGAUAGUAGUCAUUUACAAAGCGUAACAGCUGAAAUUCAUGUAAAAGCUAAUAAAGUAUCAGUUUCUCAAUCACCUGUCUCUAUGGAAGUAGAAACUUAUAAUGAACGGUAUGUCUCACCUAGUCGACAAUCCAACGUAAGAUCUCCAAGUAGUAACCGACAAUCAGAUUAUAAAGCAAGCGAUUCCGAAGGAGAUAAUGUAACAAGAAUCUCGAAAGAGAAUUCUCAAAAUAUACCCGUAUGGAAAAGCCAAGUGCUUCAAAGAACUGCAGACGAUAUUCGGAAAAGAGUUAUGCUUGAAAAAGAAAUGUCCGAUGUCAUAGCAAGAGGUAAUACGAAAUCUUUAGAUAUAUCCCAGGAUGGAUAUGUCAGACUUCGUAAACAAGCUAAUUACCCUAGAGAGGAAAACGAGGCAGAAAGAGAGCCAAGAAAAUCCGUGCAAGAGCUAGUAGCACAAGUGGAGCAUCAACAAAGAUGCACGUCUCCUGAUCCAUUACAUAUAACUAGAAAACCCUUACCCACCGAAGCACAAGAACUUCCUAUAACACGAAUAAAUAAACAACCUUCACCUGGUAUACUAAAAAUGCCACAACAACCUCAAAGGCCCGCGCCAGUGUUAAAAGAAAAGCCACCGAAAAGCAAACGAUUCAGUUUGCAUAACCUAAUACCAUUUCCAACGAGAAAAACCUUCCAAACUCCACCAAAAGAUAACAACGGAAAUCAUUCUGAAAGCAGCGAUGAAGAAGACAAUCCUAUAAGGAGCACAAAUCAACCCGGACCAAUGAGAAAUGCUAACUUGUUGCAAACAUUACCGCUGCCUAACUUCGAGACAAUGUCUAACAAAUCUCAGUCGCCCGCACCUCAAGUACAGUCGAACCAAAACAAUCCUUAUGUUCAAGAUCUAAGGCCGAUGAUUCCAAAAGACGCUUAUUUUCACGAGAUACCUAAUAGACAAGUGCACCAUCAAAUGCCAUAUAAGGAUAUGAUCGAUACAGGUCUACCGCUACCUCAAUAUAAACCUUGUCAAGCUCAAUAUGAUUAUAACGAGUCAGGGUUGCCUCAGAACCAAAUACAAGCAAGAAACAGGAACCCCUUGUACCACCAUCAAACAGGAGUGUUCGAUGCUAUGAUGCAAGAUCAUAUAUUGAGAGAAAUGGAUCGAAUACCGCACUGUUACAGCGAACAUUUGGAUCAGAACACUGAGGUGGAGAUUGCUAAUCAAAACGAUCACUUUCGUGGCGGGUACUACGAUAACUGUUCAUCAAUGUACCCGAAUUUUAGAGGAAACCCACAUGUCAUGAACAGGAAACCAACUCCUGAUCACAAUUUGCUGCACAGUCGGCUUCAGUCGUUAGCCAUCAAUACUCAUUUAACAGAAACUCAAAGCCAGACAGAUAGGGAAUCGCAUAACGACUCAGGCUAUAGUACGAAGGUGUAUGGAAGUUCUCAGGGACCAUCGCCAAGUCUUUCUGGACACGUCGAGUGUUCUGAUAACCUUUCUGGACAAAGAGUGAACGUUGUACCCAAUGGUAAAGUAGGAGGACAGUUUGGUGCAUCCAGUUUAGUGUAGUAUUUGAUUGAGAACUUUAAAUUGAAGAACCAAAUCAGCAUGAGAAAUAAUGCGUAAUCAUCAAUGAUACUGAAAUGAAAAUAUGUGCAUAACUUAAAUUUUUAUGAUUUAUAAUAUUGUUACAUACAGUUCCGAUCUUUAGUGUCUUGUCACAGAGACAUUUGACAACUCCAAUAAUUUCAUGU